AAACAUGCACGGGGUUCCCCUGGAUCCACGUUAGAAUGUAGUCGGUGCGGGUCAGAUCCGUUUUUCCGCCAUUGUUAUCGAGCUUUGACAAGCUUAAACCCAAGCAUUCCACAUCUGCUAUUUUUUGGUUCUUAGCCAAAUCUGUUCUUAAUUUUGAACGCUCAAGAUUACCGUACAAAUCCAUUAUAAAAAGCAGUGGAUAACAUGUUUUUGAACGCCGGGAAAAAAGAUAAAGCAAUGGAAGAUCCAAGCCACCGAAAAGAGCGGAGAAUCAUCAAUACGAUUCGUCUUUUAUAAUUUCCUAUAAAUUAAUCUCAUUUCCCCCCCUAAAAUUCAAUCUCGAUUCUCAUCUCUGUUUACUUUCUCAAUCAUCUCAGCAAAAAGAUAUGGAUACUUUCCUAUUCACUUCCGAAUCCGUCAACGAAGGCCAUCCCGACAAGAUAUGCGACCAGGUUUCUGAUGCCAUCCUCGAUGCUUGCUUAGAACAGGACCCGGAAAGCAAAGUAGCUUGCGAGACUUGCACAAAGACGAACAUGGUUAUGGUGUUUGGUGAGAUCACGACCAAGGCCAAAGUUAACUACGAGAAAAUCAUUCGGGAUACUUGUAGAGGUAUCGGGUUCACAUCCGCAGAUGUUGGCCUUGAUGCUGAUAAAUGCAAUGUUCUAGUUAAUAUCGAGCAACAGAGCCCCGAUAUCGCUCAAGGAGUUCACGGUCACCUCACGAAGAAACCCGAGGAAAUUGGGGCCGGUGACCAAGGUCACAUGUUCGGUUACGCCACUGAUGAAACUCCUGAGUUGAUGCCUCUAACACAUGUGCUUGCAACUAAGCUUGGUGCUAAGCUCACUGAAGUAAGAAAGAACAAGACGUGUCCGUGGUUGAGGCCCGACGGUAAGACCCAAGUGACUGUCGAGUAUCAAAAUGAUGGUGGAGCCAUGGUCCCUGUUCGUGUUCAUACUGUUCUCAUUUCGACUCAACACGAUGAGACUGUCACCAAUGAGAAGAUUGCUGCGGACUUGAAAGAGCAUGUCAUUAAGCCUGUUAUUCCGGCAAAGUACCUUGAUGAAAAAACCAUUUUCCACCUCAACCCUUCCGGUAGGUUCGUUAUCGGUGGACCUCAUGGAGAUGCAGGUCUCACUGGCCGGAAAAUUAUAAUUGAUACCUAUGGUGGUUGGGGCGCUCAUGGUGGAGGUGCCUUCUCGGGAAAGGAUCCUACGAAGGUGGACCGAAGUGGUGCAUACAUUGUUAGGCAAGCAGCAAAGAGUGUUGUGGCUUCAGGGCUUGCCCGUCGUUGUAUCGUGCAAGUAUCUUACGCAAUCGGUGUUCCCGAACCAUUGUCGGUUUUCGUCGACACGUAUAAGACUGGCAAGAUCUCGGAUAAGGAUAUUUUGGAACUAAUCAAUAAGAAUUUUGAUUUUAGGCCAGGAAUGAUCUCGAUCAAUCUUGACUUGAAGAGAGGAGGCAAGUUUAGGUACCAAAAGACUGCGGCUUAUGGUCAUUUUGGACGUGAUGACCCCGAUUUCACUUGGGAGAUCGUUAAGCCUCUUAAGCCCAAUGCAUAAAACACGGUUUAGCUCGAUAAGUUUUUGGGAAAUAGUUAUUAUCGUAGCUGUCAUUCCGGUAUACUCGACGAGGAAUAAAGACAUACAUACAUACGUGUGUUCAUAAAUACGUACACACAUAUACGUACAUUGUAAUUUGUUUUCAUUUUAGGGCAUAAUUUGUUUUACCAAUGGCCCAUGCUUCUUGCAAAGGAUUUUAUAGUGUGUAUUUUUUAAUAUAUAUGUAUAUAUAUCUUUUAAUUCAAAUACAAUAUAUAUUACGAA